AUGCUUCACGUUCGGAUGCCAUCCGGGGAGGAACUGGCCUCCAUCCCCGCAGCAGACCUAAGCACUGUGCGGAACUUGAAAAACGAUUUGCAGAGAAUCUGCGGUGUUCCACGUUUCCGGCAGAAGCUGCUACACGGAGGCAAUGCUUUGGAGGAGGAUAUGCGCCUCGAUGCUUCGAUGGAGAGCGUGCUUCUAGUUUUAGUGGUCUUCUGCCCUGCUUCGGAAGAUGAGAUUGAGGAGCUCGUUUUCUCCCCUAGCCAGGGCUCUGUGGAGGAAGUUGAACAGAUACUGCAGCGGUCCAUAGACCCCAAUGCAGCGACUCCCGAUGGCAAAACAGCUCUCAUGCAGGCAUCUCUAGAGGGCCACACAGAGUUUGCGGACUUGCUUUUGGAAGCUCGGGCUGAUUUGGAUGUGUCCGACAAUGAUGGUGUCACGGCCCUGCUUACUGCAUCUCGCGAAGGGUGCGAGGACAUGGUCCAAUGGCUCCUGGUCGCAAGGGCAGAUUUCAACAAGGCCGACGGCAAUGGCUGCACACCCCUGGUCGGGGCCUUUCAAGAAGGGCAGCUGCACGCUGCACGGCUCUUGGUGCAAGCUGGCGCUGGUACCGGUCCAGGUCCUCAGGGAAACGAGCUGCUUUACAACGAAUGCGCUUUUGGCCACAACCGGGAGGUUGUCCAAUUGCUCUUGGAAGCGAGGGUUGACCCCAAUACUGCCACUGAGGACGGCUCGACAGCUCUCAUAGGUGCAUGUGAUGAAGGUCGUCCGGAAAUCGUACAAUCGUUAUUGGCCUCGGAUGCCGAUGUAAACCUUAUAGACUCCAAUGGCUUCCCUGCGCUCUUCCUGGCAUCCCAAAACAAGCACGCGGAAGUUGUGCGCAUGUUGGUGCAGGCUGGUGCUGACCCGGAUAAAGAGAUCAUGCAGACCACUGUCCUUCACAAUGCCUGCGUGGAAAACUCCGUCGAGGUUGUGCGCUGGCUCUUGCAUGCAAAGGCUGCUCUCGACCAGGCGAACGAGGACGGCACGACACCGUUGAACCUGGCCUGUUCUUUUGGCCAUUUGGAGAUCGUGCGAUUGCUGGUGGAAGCAGUGGCUGACAGAAUAGGCGUUGCGGGCCUGGACCGUGUGUACGGUGGCUACACUCCUCUACAUUGUGCCUCGAUUCACAACUAUUUGCCCGUUGCACAUUUGCUUGUCGAGGCCGGGGCCAGCAAAGACAUAACUGACGAGGUCGGCUGCAUUGCCUUUGACUAUGCAAAGAGUGACGACAUGGCGAAGCUGCUGGCAACAGACAAGCCGAGAAAUAGACAGAAGGGCGACGAGGAGUGUAGCGAAGCCGUCGAGAGCGACAUCCACGGAGACGAAGACCAGUCCAGGGAGGGCAUCCGCGAGGGCAUCUGCGGUGAAGUUUGGCAAGCAAGGAACCCAAUGAACAAACCAGGCCCGGCGGAGGAAGCUGCGCGCACAUACGUGGCAGGAUUGCUGUCCCCCUUUUGUCGUCCCUCCAAGGGGAAGCAACGUUGA